AUGGUGGCCACGGACACAGAGAAAGGACACAGUGCCCACCCCCGGGCAGCGGUCUGGAAGGACCUAAGCACGUCCUUGUCUACUGCAAAUCGGCCUACUUGUCUUCUAAACACGGUGCCGGUUCAAUGCAUGUUGAAGCUGACUCACGCUGCCCUAAGCUCCCCGCCGCUAAAUUGCAUCAUAGCUAGAAAUUUAGAAUUAGAGCUACCUGUUCUUUACAAUCCACUGCCCCAACCAGCGAUCAAGAUUUCUGCUCCAAGGGAACUUCCUUCUCUCCGCCUGCUUGCCUGCGCAAGCCCGCCCUCCCGUUCCCUCGCCUCUCUGGCCCUCCGCGCCUUGGUUUCCCCGUCCGCAAUAACACGUCUCGCCGCCUCUCCGUCCGCGCUGAAGGUCCGCGGGGAAACGCCGAGCCCGGAGCCGGUCGCCUCUCCCGUCCGAAUUUCGGACCAGCGUCUCGGAACCGCCUUCUGCCCGAAGCUGCGGAGCGGCGAAGCCCGGGAGCCGCCCGCGGCCCUAGGGACUGGCGGAGGGGGCGGGGCGGGCGAGAGCCCGGCCGAGAAGAGGGGGAGGAGAGGCCGGGCAGGAGGCGGGGGCGGGGCGACGGAGGGGGUAGGCGGGGCGACGGGGGAGGUGGGCGGGGCGAGGGACGGGGCGGACGGGCCUCUGAUCGCUGCGCGGCCCCGGGAAGGUGCGGCCGAGGCGCGCGGGGAGCCGAGCGGCGGUCGCUCCGCGCCCUCCCUCCCGCAGCCCCGGCGUGCGGGUAUCGCGCGCCCUGCCUGCCCGCGACGCGCUCGGCCGCGCAGCUCCGGGAACCCGGCUCCCGCACACUUCCGGGAGAGGGAGGCGUUCUUCUCCCGAAUCCGCCGCGCCCUGGGUGCUCUUUGUGUUUACAGUGGAAAGUUACAGUUUAAACACGUAGCCGAGGAAAUAAAUGAGAUUAGCAACCGCGGGCUUCGCUUCCGGGACGCUUUCUUGUUGUGUCUUGAGCCGGGACUCUGCGGGUCAUCCGUGACUAUUAAAGUCAAACGGGACCAAGCCAUGCUACCACCUACACUUCAUGCACAUAAGGUACACGAAACUCUCAAAUCUUGAUUUCCAGAAAUGCAUUUGGGCAAAGUCAACCAAUCAGAAGCUGGCUGUGUACAUUUCCUGAAGACAAGCACUAGGCAAUGUCUUGGUUCCCUCUAUUCUGCAUUUUCCUGAGAUGCAGUGGGAUGUGGUAGUGCUAGCAUGUGUGGUCUCAGGAAUAAAACUCAGAAAUUUGAUUCCCUGCUCAUUACUUGCUGUGCAAUGCUCGGCACCUUACUUACCAUCUCUGUGCCCACUUCCUUAAACCCAAGGUGGUCACCAGCGUGCCACUGAAGAUUAAGUCUUUGUAAAAGCGCCUGGAGCAGUACCUGACAGAGUAACCACCCGGAACAGGAGUUUCCCGCGCUGAGAUUUCAGUUCCAAUGUGAGUGCUUGAGCAUUCUUAGAUCUUUUCUGUAGCAGCAGAGUCCGGACUUUGACAUACAGGAAAUUUCCUGGGAUAUCUGCUUACAGUACCAGUUUCUGGGUCCCUCACCCAGGAUUUUGAUUCAGGAGGAUCCAAGUGGGCCCCAGGGAACAGGCAUUUCACAUUUAAUUCUGGAGCAAGAGUUCUCAGACCAUGCAAGGAGAGCCUACCCUGGACCGGCCCUGUGUGGCCAUUCGAGGGAAUGCGGUAGAGAACCAGGGAGGAAGUCCAGGGCGACUCCCCGGCUGGUCCUGGCCAGCGUGCUGACCCUGCAGCUCCGUCUAAUGCCCUCUCUGGAUCCCAGCUGUCUCCUCAUCAAUUCACGGGCAUUUAUUGAGCCCCUACUGAACUUAUGCAGAAUGAACACUGGCACUCAGAGCUCGGUGAAGUGGUUUCUGGCUUCAGGGGGCUCAGGAAAUCGAACACAAAGCCCAGGGCCCUGGGAUUCACGUUCGCUUCCCACCACCAAUCAUUUACUACCAUGCCUAAUACCAUCUUCUUCCCAAAGGCGCUCCGCAGUACCAUCGUCCACCCUCCCCCAGUGUGCAUUUUCAUAUAAUCCUACAGAGCCUGGUAUAGCAAUCACUUCUGCGUCACUCCUGAACACUUAGGCCAAUAGUUUAGGUGCUCAUCAGAUAUUUUUAGAAUUUAAUUUCCUUGGACAAACUUGUCCUCAGGAAUUAGUUUAUGUUCAACCAUCAUGAAACAUCUUAUAAGAGCCAGGCACAGUUUUAUAAACUGGGGACACAUGCCAGGCAUG